AUGGCCGCUCCCGCGAGGAAUAUGCUUUCUUCGCGGCUGCUGCGACCGGGACAAGUCGCUCAGCACGCCAACUCGGCGCGUUUCGAUUUCAACGAUAAUACGCAAUCCCCCGACCCUAUGAGCCGCGAUUAUGGCCAACAGCGACAUGCUACUGCCGAUUUUACUGAGGCCGACGAAGAUGAGGAUGAGGAAGAAGAUGAGAACGUAGACGAAUUCGAUCUCGACGAUGGGCUAUCCAGGCGUCGGUUGAACCGACCUUUCCAGGAAACGACCGCGCGUAGGAGCUCGGCUUCUCUCAUACCAUUGUUCUCUGCUAGCUACCUCGAUACUCUCCCCGUUUAUAAUGUCGUUCAUGCCAUUAGGAUAAUUGUCCAAGCAAGGACCGAGACCACACUGACAUGGGACCAAAUUCGAUCACCCCAGGUUUCUCAAUUCCUAGUCAAACCUAUGCAACAACAGAUUCGGACUCAACAUUUCAGUCGUGUAACGCUAUACGCUUUAAUGGCAAACUGUCUCCAAUUUGCGAAGGAGGGACAGUUAUACCCGGGUAACGUAGGGACCAGUAUGACACGGGCGAGGGUUUGUGAAAUCCUCGCCUUGAAAUUGUUAAAGGAAUAUAGUACGAGGGAGCUUAUUGAUGCUUUGUCCUAUGACUUCUACCCACUUCAAGGAGCCCCGGAGGCACCCACGACACAUUCAAAAUCCUCCGAUGCUAAGAACCGCCCAGCUGUAGCCCGAUCUUCGACGCUCGAGGUGGCAAUUCGUGCUUCUGCUAAACACUUCCUCGCGCACCCUCUCGUAGUCCAACAACUCGAGGCUAUCUGGAAUGGCGCUAUUAGCUUCUACUCGUCACAAGAUAACCUUCAUCGGAUUUUGUCAAAUCCUCCGAGUCAAGGCGAAAAUGCACAAAACUGCGCGGCGGGAGUUCGAACGCCGCUUCUUAGCCACCAGCUAGCCAAGGAACCGUCAUCUCAAUUGCCGCUACAUCAGAUACCUGUACGACGAACGGUCAAUCUGUAUGACCCACGCCAAGCUUCUCCUCUGAAGCUAUCCCGCCUCCGAGUACCUCGUUAUAGACAGUUUCUGUCGACGUGUUCUCUGUUUGCCUUGAUAUGUCUGUUUCUAGCGGUCUUGAUAGAACGUUCUAGUCACAUCACCGAACUGGAAUUGAUUUUCUGGUUUUGGAGCGCGGGUUUCAUGCUUGAUGAAGUUGUUGGCUUCAACGAGCAGGGCUUUUCCUUGUAUAUCAUGAGCUUCUGGAACAUUUUCGAUCUUGGCAUCCUACUGCUACUCAUCGUGUUCUACUGUUUGAGAGUAUAUGCGGUGUUUGUCGUUGAUCCCCACCGCUGGAACGAGAUGGCAUAUGAUGUUCUGGCAGCGAACGCCAUACUCUUGUUACCCCGUAUCUUCAGUGUGUUAGAUCACUAUCGUUACUUUUCCCAGCUUCUGAUUGCCUUUCGGCUCAUGGCGGUGGAUCUUGCGGCCGUGUUCGUUCUUGUUCUGAUUAGUUGCUCUGGAUUCUUCGUGUUCUUUACACUCUCCAGCAAUCAGAAUGCAGCCCCAGAAGUAGCUUACAAGAUAUUUCAAAUUCUUAUGGGGUUUACGCCAGCUGCGUGGGAUGUAUGGCCGGAGUAUACUUUCUUAGGCAAGACGUUACUAGCGGCUUUUCUCAUCAUUUGUCAUUUCCUCGUCGUAACGAUUCUAAUCACCGUACUUACAAACUCUUUCACGGCAAUCGUAUCGAAUGCGAACGAAGAGCACCAAUUUCUCUUCGCGAUUAAUACUAUAUCCAUGGUUAAGAACGAUGCCAUGUUCUCCUACGUUGCGCCAGGCAAUAUCCUCGCAUGGAUCUUGACGCCAUUGCGAUACGUUAUGUCCAUCAGACAGUUUGUGAUUUUGAACCGCACCGUCAUCAAAUUAACCCAUUUUCCUAUCCUAUUUUGCAUAUUUCUUUAUGAGAAGUAUUUUCUCGCCCCAUCAAUUUACGAACCAACGGAUUUAGUCGAGCACCAAGGGCGCCGCAAGACAAGAGGAAUCUCGUUCACCGAUCUCGCUAGUAGGGGGACAGCUCUUUUCAGCCCAAGCAUGAAAACACGCGAGGAAUCGAUUGCCGGGUUUCAAAAAGACCGUGCGCUGGAAGAGGUUUUCCGUCGACCUCCUGAUGUUAGCACAAUACGGAGCCAAAGAAGACAAGAAAGGAGGAAGACACAGACAGCUAUCCGUAAUUGGAUGGAACAGAACGACGAGAUUGGUGAGCGUCUCUCUCAAUGGCCAACGAUUGAUAGUCGUCGAAGCCUUUCGCAGCGAAGGAUGAGCAUGAGCCGUGACUUCCCUAAGCGGUCCAGACGCGUCUCUGACAUUCGAUCGGCUGCAAGCGACCCUGCCGACCUUGUAUCGAAUAGCGGCUUUCCCGGCUCCAAUGUUAGGGAACUCAACGGCCAAAUUGAUGAGCAACAGGCACAGUACAGGGAUCAGACGGGAGCAGAUGGCGACGAUGAAUUCGUAACAAAUGAUGAGGAAGAAGACGAAAUGAUUGUCCCAAGUCGUCAUAGCAGCAUUGCUAGCCCACAAGACCGCGAUGACUAUUUCACGUCCUCUCCAGACUUAAGGCGUGAAGUAUUAGCCCCAUCAUCUUUGAAUAGUUCUUCGCACCACCAAAGCAUGGUCGUCACGUCACCUAGAACUAGCAAUACGCCUCGUCGCCAAGGUCUCCAUAGUCGCACGCUUUCCACAAAUACGAUCCUUUACGCUCCACAGGAACCUAAUCACUUUGAAGCAAGUCCAUCCUUAAUCUCGGAAGAGCCAUCGGGAGCAGGCGCUCAACCGCGAAGGAGCAGGCUAACAACAGCAGCUGAGUCUUCUAUGCCGAGCGGCACACGUUCGCCACGGAGAAUGCAAAAUAGACCUCCCCUGGUCACCAGGCCAAGACCGAUUCCUGCAAGAUCGGCACCUAACCGCUCAAUCCUCCUUAAUGCCGGCCCGAGACUUCGACGGCUUUCGUCUCUUGAUGGGGGUAUCAGUUCUGAUAUAGGAUUAGACGUGACUAACGAACUCGGCGCUGUGCCAUCUUCGUUUGCAACGCAAAUGGCCAUGGCCACCGGCCAGCUAAAGGCGCCGAACCGAAGCGGCAGAGAUAGGGAGGACUCAGAUAGGAUAAGCCGAUUAAUUUUGGCAAGAAUGAAGAGCCUCGAGGAGAACUUUGUGGACGCUAUGAAGGAGAUCCGAGCACGAAGUACAGUAACCACAACACAGAAUUCAGAGGAUGAGGGCGGUUGGAGAACUAAUUCAAGUGGCGGAAGGCCGGGGAGCAGCAAGAGAAUAUCAGGAAAGAGUAAAAGUGAAGGGAGUCGGCCAGGGAGUAACUGGGAACAAAAGGACGGUUUGGAGGCGCUUCGGCCAGGGGGGCACGGGCUCAAGGGGAAGGGAAAGGGGAAGGAAGUUGAGAGGACAAUAAGUGCUGGCGAGACGGAAGAUGAACAGGUAAUAGAGCUGGCAAAAAGGGGGAGUUCCUUGUGA